ACGACAUCGACUACAGUUUCAUAAAAUCGCGCAUAGCAAUUUCGAACUCCGAGUGUUCACGUAGCCCUCAUACCGUUGUUCUACACGUUUCUACUUUAGCCGGUUCAUUUAAUUGAAAAGUGCGCUUUUUGCUAGUGAUCUAGUGUUUGGGGGAUUAUUUGCGAAAAAGAAGAUUCGAAAAAAUGGCCGAAACCAGACGAGACAUCCCCAUCAAAUUGGGAGAUUUUAGCGUGAUCGACACCGAAUUUUCCAGCAUCAGGGAAAGAUUCGACGCGGAAAUGAGGAAGAUGGAAGAAGAAAUGUCCAAGUUCCGGUCGGAAUUAAUGAACAGGGAAAGCAACAACUUCUUCAGGAGCACAACCAGCAUGUCUUACGAAUCGGAGGUAAUUAAGGAAGGCAAGAAAGAAAAAUUGUCUUCGAGCAAGUCAUCUUCCAGCACAACGAGCCAGUCUUCCAACACAAGUUCAGACCUCGCGCAUCGGGCUGGUCCACCAGCAGAAUUACGCACUUGGUACGACGACCUCAAUUCUCCCCUGAUCCAGAGCGAUGGAAGCGACAAAAGCCUCAAACUGAGAUUCGACGUCAGCCAGUACGCUCCCGAAGAAAUUGUCGUUAAAACCGUUGACAACAAAUUAUUGGUCCACGCUAAACAUGAAGAGAAAACAGAAUCCAAAUCCGUUUACAGGGAGUACAAUCGUGAAUUCCUGUUACCCAAAGGAACCAACCCCGAGCUCAUUAAGUCCUCUUUGAGCAAAGACGGCGUACUAACCGUGGAGGCUCCUCUGCCAGCCAUUGCUUCAGGAGAAAAGUUGAUUCCCAUCCAACACUAAAAUUUGUUAAUUGUUUUCCGUCUCCAAAGCUUCUAAAAUACCAACCCGAGAGCUUUGGAGUUUUCAUCGCGUUUAUCAAUGCAGCUUUGAUAUUUAGUUACUUGAUAGUAAUAUUCUCAACUCUCUUUUAUUUUCGAUUAUUUAACUAUGACAAGUGGUUUAAGAGUAUAUCAAUGUUUAUUUAUUUACCUUUUGUUAUCAAAUGUAUUCUGGAACAAUCAUUUUUUAAGUUGCAACAUAGUUUCAAAUUAAUUCAUUUUUAGGCGUUCUGUUUUAUCUUGUCGUUCAUUUCACUACACUUCCACAGCAAAAUAUAUGUGCUAAUAAACCAUUCAACGGUUCUGACGCUUUAAAAACGUAGAAGUCUUUCUUUUCUUUUCGAAUUACUGUAUGUAUUUAUCUUUUUGUAAGUUAUUGGUAAAUAAUAAAUUUAUUUUUAAGACACAA